GUCGGCUCUGAAGGAAAGAUCAAAACAGACGGGCACUAUUGAACCUAUUAUUAUCAACGCCCGUGGUUACCCACUGUUUCGCACCUAGCAACGAGAGAACCCCAAGCAACAGCACUAUUCAAGGUCCUUUGUGCGAAUAGCUCCUGUAAAAGGAAGAUGCCUCCUGAGCUUGCUCGCGCAGCCUCCCUGUCCUCCAGUGCAGCCUCUCAAUCAACCCAAGUCGUCGCUCCUCAGAGUCGUCCUGGCACGGCAGAUCUCAUGAGAUCGCGCUCAGAAACAGUAAUAUCUAGGAAUAGCCGUCGCCCGCGGUCGAGAGGCUCAACUGCUAGUAUUCAUUCGACCACAACUCAGCAGACCCAAGAUCAGCAACUCACCGAUGGCUUCCCCCAGUUUCUGCCGGCCCAAACAUCUGCCGGAUCCAAUGUUUUCGGCAACAACCCGGAGGAUAUUAUUAUGCGAUUUGGCCAGCAAUUGUCGCACCAAGUGAACGGCACCGCCUUGGAUUCUUUACAAGACGCCCACCACUCUGCAAUUUCGAGGGCUGACGAGUUCCCCAAUCAUGCUGUUCAUGGUCAUCAUCUUUCCCACCACUCAUUACCCUCAGGAGUCUCACACGGGAUGCCAGGCGUGCCAAUACCUCAGUAUCAAAACAUAUACGACAGUGGAAUUGAGAACCACAUACAGGAGCACGUUCUGGAUGAACAUGAUGCUUCGGAAGCCGGCCUCAAGAAAAAAAAGGGAUCAAGCUCCUCCCUAGCCAACGAUAAUGAGUUGCGAAAACUCUUGCGGCAGUAUGAGGGUUAUACACUGAAGCAAAUGGCGGCAGAAGUACUCAAGCAUGAGGGAGCUGGCGGAAAGGCAGAAAAGGUCAAACAAGUCUUCGCAAUGAUCUGGUUGAAGGAGAACUGCAGAAAAAGCACAGGCUCUGUCCGCAGAGAUCGUGUUUACUGCUGUUAUGCCGAAAAGUGUGGAACCGAACGUGUCUCCGUGCUGAAUCCUGCGUCUUUCGGGAAACUAGUUCGAAUCAUAUUUCCAAAUGUACAGACGCGCAGAUUAGGCGUUAGGGGGGAGUCAAAGUAUCACUACGUUGAUUUAACGGUAAUCGAGGAAAAGCAACAGAAGCCAUCCACAUCGACCACCCAGAACCCUUCCCGCGACUCCACGGCAGUAGGUGGUGUGGAUGCUAUGAAUGGCAAUGACAUGCAAAGAGCUGCGAGCACCAUACAGCAGCCUACAGCAGAUACAGCACUAUUUCCAUCUCCUACUACUUCAUUCGCUCCCAGGGCCUCCAUCGACAGGGCAAUUUCAGGCUGCGGGUGCCAGGCCUCUUCACAGGCCGAAGUGAUAACCCUCGAGAAUGUUGCCAGUCAUUCAGGAAAGUUAAUUUACCAGAUGUUACAACUACCUACGACGGAUAGCUCCUCGGUUGAUACAGACUCUCUGCAACUACCGGAUAUCAAUUAUUACCUCCCCGAAAACACGGACUCUAAGGUAGCGGCGGCACUCGCUGCACUCUAUCGUUCACACUGUAUCUCAGUUAUCGAUAGCUUCCGGUAUUGCAAAGAACGCAACCUGCUCAGAUUCUUCUCUGCGUUCCAUGGCACUUUAACCGUUCCGGUCCAGAAGCUGCUGACGCAUCCUAAUCUCGCACCUUGGAUCAAAGAGUGCGAUUGGCUUAUGUACCAGAAGAUGAUUGCGUUUGUGGCACCGUUGACAACACAAGUUGUUCCGAAACUUGUCCUGGAUGCCUUUAGUUCAAUAUCUCAACGACUUACGACACAUAUUGCCGAAACAUUCAAGGCCCAACCUGUACAUGUUUCCCUCGCGAGGUUGCUGCCAGCUCAUAUCUUCUGCAAUCUCCUGAAGCACAUGCUUGAUGUGAAUCAGUCUGCUAAUGCUGCUGCGGCGUGGCUGUGCCACCCCGAUAACAGGAAUCAGAUGUGGCUCGACUUCACUACAUUGGUUGACCCCAAAGAAAUGAUCACCCGGGCGAAUAUCCCCGUCUGCGCGGAACAGGCCACAGAACAAAUACUGAAGGAUGAUAUUCGCGCCCUGCUUACUCCUGUCGCUGAUUUGAACCCUGCUGCCUCGCACCCGUUCUUCUCUCAACCCGAUUUGGAAAAGAGCCCCAAACCACACAAAUUUUCCGUUGAGGAGUCCGUGGGUGAUGAAUACAAUUUCCCGGACAAAUGGAUCUCCUUUAUACUAAACCUCGCUCAUAUUUUUCCUCAACACCGUACACAGUGCAUCAUUGAACGAGUGGAUGCAUUGUGGGAUUGCAUACUACACCGCCUUACAUUGGGAGGUGCCCAGAGCUUCAGUGCCUGGUGGAUGACCAAGGUCUUUUUCCAUGAGAUGAUGUUAUGGCAGGCAGAGAAGGGUGGAUUCAUGCAUUACACACCAAGCACUUUGCAGAAAGCAGGCCUGGACUCUGACCAGUCCGGCCCGGGAGGACUCGUCCUCAGAAAUUCCCCAAAAGUUGUUGGUAACGAGUCAUCUACGUCAAAUGCGCAAGAUGGCGCAUCAUUGGAGAGGUCACGGAUGGGAGUCGAAACAAAUCCCAGUCGCAUGGAUGAUGAAAAACCUACUGAUAUUUCCGAAAACUUAACGUCCUUUCACGCCCCUAAUCACGACGACAGUGCUAUUGAUCUGGACGACGACUCAAUGUUAAUGACAGUGGGAAAGUACGGUGAUAUGAUGGUCUCCGACCCCGCAGAUGCUGAAGGUGAUGUUAUUGUCAUUUAA